CCGGCAGUCCUACCGCGCAAGGGGAGCAGAGCGCAUGCUCCGACAGGCCCUACGCCUGCGCUCCAUGUUCAUCCUUAUAACUUUAUCAGUGGCUACUUGCAUUAGAUUCCAAAUCCAAAACCAUACAGUUAAUUUAACAUUCAAUAAAGCCAUGCUAGUGAAAACGUAUAAAGAUUUGUAAAUCGACUUUGUGGGGCCAAAUUAGAUUAAGUGAUUCUGAUGUGCAAGCGGGUCGGAAAUACUGUAUUAUUGCUUCUUCUCUUGGUACUAGACUCGAGGGAUUGCAUCGCAAGCCCUCAUUAUGAUGGCAAAAUUCUUCUUAACUCCGUGCAGGCAUGGGCGGUCAAACUUGGUACGGAGUUGUAUCAUUUUGGCGAAUUUAUCACCAGGAAGAAAGAAGUACAAGAUAGCUUCAAGUCAGCUCAGAUAGAAUCAAGAGAUGGAGAAAAGUUAGUCCAAAGUAUGUCAGACGAUAUUCGCGCCAUGAUGGAACUAAAAAUUAGUGCAGUGAAGAGAAUUGUAGAAGCAGCUGAAAAUAUGGCCUUUGACAAACAAAACGAGCCCGUACCUGAAGACUUUAAGUUUUAUAAUAGCAAGGAAAUGGAGGAACCAGUGGAUGAGAUAUCCAUCAGCACAACACCAGAAACGGAUUUUGGGAUGGAGAACUGGAUAUCGCGGCCACCUACCAAAAACGCGCAUAUGCAACAAAACCCGCAUUUUUCACACAUUCCAGUUAACACUAAUUUUAGCAGCGUACAUGUCCCUACAAAUGUUUAUGCUUGGGCACCAGAAGUAAUUAAGGGAAUACAUUGGUCAGAAGGACUAGACACACAUUUCAUCAAUAAUUACCAAAGCGAUCCAACUCUUUCAUGGCAGUACUUUGGCAGUUCCACAGGAUUUAUGAGGCAUUAUCCAGCAAUGAAAUGGAGAGCCGACCCUGUUGAUAUUUACGAUUGUCGAACGAGGGCUUGGUACAUGGAAGCGGCAGCAAGUCCCAAAGACGUGGUGAUCCUAGUGGAUCGCAGUGGAUCGAUGACGGGUCAAAGAAGAGAUAUAGCCAAACAUGUAGUCACUAAUAUUUUGGAUACUCUUGGAAAUAAUGAUUUUGUUAAUGUGAUGACAUUUGCUGAUACCGUUGAGGAAAUUGUACCCUGCUUUGAAGAUUCGCUUGUACAGGCUACUUUAGGAAAUCUUCGAGAAUUGAAGUUAGCAUUAGAUAAUUUUGAAACAAUGGAAAUAGCUAACUUUUCAGCCGCAUUGACAAGAGCAUUUGAACUUCUUGAAAUUUAUAGAAAUAAUAGUGGAGGAGCUAACUGUAAUCAGGCUAUUAUGCUGGUCACAGAUGGAGUUCCUUAUAAUUAUAAGGAGAUAUUUGAGAAGUUCAACUGGAAGUACGAUACCCCGGUGAGGGUGUUUACGUACCUGAUAGGGCGCGAGGUAAAGGUGGCGGAUGUGAGAGAGGUGAAGUGGAUGGCGUGUGCCAAUCGGGGGUUCUACGUUCAUCUGAGUACUCUAGCGGAGGUGCGCGAGCGGGUGCUGGAGCAUGUGAACGUGCUAGCUCGACCUCUCGUGCUGCAGAGAGAAAAACAUCCUGUGGUCUGGACGCCGGUUUAUGCAAAUAUUACGGAUCCUAAAGUUGCGGAUUAUUUAUGGGAACAACGUGAGAGGGCAGAACAAAAGGAACGGUUUAUGAGUCAACGGAGAGACAAAGCACUUUUUAAUUCUGAAAAGGAACAGGAAAGACGAUGGAGAAUCACUCAGAUGAAACAAGGUCAAUAUAGCGAAUUGGGAAAUUCACAAUAUCAAUUGAUGACUUCUGUAUCGAUGCCUGUUUAUGAUCUACGUCAUAACGAGAACAUCACAGAGAAUGUACUGAUAAAUGAAGCUUACUGGGUAUCAGUUACAAAAGAGCAUUCGUACGUCCACAACCAAUCGCAGUCCGUAGAGGAGAACGGCCAUAAGGAGAUGCGUAUAGCUAGAUUAUUAGGCGUAGCUGGAACUGAUGUGCCGUUAUCAGAAAUCCAAGCUCUCAUGACACCAUAUAAGAUUGGUGUCAACGGCUAUGCCUUCAUAGUUACAAAUAAUGGAUACAUUUUAAUUCAUCCUGACCUUAGACCCGUGUUUCAGCAAAUAUUAAAACCGAGUUAUAACAGCGUAGACAUGGUAGAAGUAGAAUUAUUCGAUGACGAUAGAAGUCCAAGGAAUUUUAGCAAGGAGUUGACUGCGCUUCGUAAGGAAAUAAUUGAUCAAAAGACGGGGAACAAAAUGAUGAGUAUCAAAUAUCACCUGGAAGACUUUAAAAGAGUAUCGCGGGCCAAAAAGCAUUACUUCUGGACGGGGAUCAGCGACUCGCCAUUCACGUUGGUGGUGGCCAUCCCAGAGAACUAUGGCAGACACCGAAUAACGCCACCACCGACGGAUGACAUCCAUAGGCUCUCGCUGACGUCCAAAAAUAUAUCUGCUCGCCAGUACUUGUCUGAAAAAUGGAGCGUUCACCCUGACUGGAUGUACUGCCGUCAUUACGAGCACACAUUCUCGUCUCCCGAGGAAGAGCUGCUGUAUUUCCUGGAGCGCGUGGCUAAGCCAGGGUGGCGGUGGCCGGCCAAGCCCAAACCGCCGGAGCAUCACAAGAAUAAGCAGGGCCACGAGCGACAUAACAACGGAACUCCUGAAACGAAGGAACGCAGCAAGGUUACAAACAACACUCCAAGGAACGAAUAUUAUUGCGAUCACGGACUGAUGCAGGCUUUGGUGUACGACGCUCGAAACACCGCUUGGUUUAACAAGAGCAUUUCAGAGUCGGCUUCCGAUGAAAAGGCGGUGGAAUUCAUCCAGCGAUUCGGGUACAUCGUCGCCUUCCUCUCCACACACAGCGGCCUCACGCGCUGGCAGACGCACCCGCCGAAAGAACAUGGCGACAACGACAAACAAGAAUUUGGCAAGCAAUUCCCGCGCGCCAUCGACGAGGUGUGGUACCGGCGCGCGGUCGACCAACACUACAUCGACCCGCUGAGCUACGUGUACAGCGUGGAGCUGAACACUGCCAAGUACCCUCUCAACGUCAGCUCGGCUAUGGUGACCGCCGCGCACGCCGUAUUCCACAGUGACGGGCACAGGAAAGCCCCCGCCGCUGUCGUCGGCUUUCAGUUCAAGCAUGAGAGGCUUACUGAAUGGUUCGAGAAUAUUACGUCUUCUUGUGAACACAAUAAAGAAUGUGUGACGUGUCUGUCGGAGAACUGGGACUGCUACCUGGUUGAUAGCAAUGGCUGGGUGGUGGUUAGUGAAGAUUCAAACCAAACUGGACAGUUCUUUGGGAAAAUUCGACCAGAUGUUAUGGGAAGACUGAUUGAAGAAGACAUUUACAAAGCUGUUCACCUGGUGGACUACCAGGCUGUUUGCUUUAGAGAAAAGAAAGUCGCCAAUCCUGCCACCUCUUUGUUAACGCCUCUAGAGAACAUCCGUCUGUUAGUGGGUUGGUUCCUGACCACCAGCGUUUGGCUCUUCAACACCAUCGCAUCAGGGAUGGCACAAGCGUCAAGUUAUACAAUGGAUGACGAGUAUGUUACACCCACUGCAUACCAGAGCUACGAGAACGAUGAAGAAAACGAUGAGAACUACAUGUUGAAGCCGCCUUCUCGGAUCACUGAGCGAGACUUCGAGAAACUAGUUCUGAUCAACAGGACUCGCCCGACUCCUUGCGAUAGGGAAGUUUACUUGUACCAGCUCGAGUAUAGCAAUUUGGACGACAAACUGAACAAACCAGUCUCAGAUUGCAAUAGACCUUUUUAUGCUCAGUUGGUGAAUUAUACCAACAUGCUUAUGAUAGUUGUUGACGCUUUGUGCCCCAAGGAAGAGGUGCCGGUACUUUCUGUGGACGCGACGGAGGUCAACUACAAUGAGUCACUGCCGUGUUUGAAACACAUGCACCCAUUGUACAGAAAACAGCCGAUGUCAUGUAUCAGGAAUCAUACUGAGGAGAGCAACAUCGACAUGUGCGGGCGAGGCAGCAUGCCGCAAAACUUGUUCUGGAUCCCCCUCAUCAUGUUGUAUCUGCUGCGGUGUUUUUGAUCCUAGACUUAAGACGUUAUCAAAGCAAAUUCCAUAUUUGCUGGACAUCUUUUUGUAUAUGUACUUUGAUGAUUACUUCAGAGUGAACCGAAGCAGUUUUAUAUAGGUUCAAUUUUACAGUCUUCGUUUAUGGAUAAUAUGUUUAAUUUUCAUCCAAAUUAAUAUGUUUGAUUUUCACAAUCAUCUUCAAGCUUCACUAGUUUUAAAUUGAUUACUGUGUUUCACUAGUUUUAUCCGUUAUUUUAAAUUUAUCUCUGCAUUACAGUACUUUUCAGUUAGUAUUGAGUAGAACAAUUACAUGUCACACACACAUAUCACACGAUUUGUUUGAUCAAUAUAGGUGUAGUUUACAUGAGAAUAGUUAAUAAGUCUGUACGCUCCAAGGUGCCACAGUAGAGGCAUUAUGUUCAUAUCAUGCAAUGGAUUGACAUAAAAGAAAUUUAACCCCCCAUAGAGAAAUUAUAAUUCUUUGAUAAAUAUUCUAUAAAUUCGUUGUCUAUUGAAUGUUUAAUAAAAAAUAUAUUUAAGCAACUACAAAUGGAUAGGUUAGCUAGGCAUAGCUUUUGUAAACAUAUCUGCGUUUGAAUUAAGCAAAGAAAAUUACAUUUUACUGUGUUACCUUACUUUGUUGAAUAUCUAUUUAAUGUUAUAUUUAUUCCGUCCUGGUAUUUUUUCAAUUGAUUUCACUGAAACGGGUACUUUAUCAAGCCCUGUUGCGAUGAGUUUAAUUAUUAAAACAUUUUAUAAUACAUUUAAAGACUAUGUUAUUUAUUUAAAUAUUUAAUAUUAGCGACAUAUACUAAUUAAAGUUAUUUAUAAGUAGUACUUGGAAUCUCUGUCAUUACGUAAGUAGUUAGAUGUGAAAUAUUUACUUUCAAUUGAAAUGUGAUUUAUUUACUUAUUGGUACAAUAAAUAAUUGUAUAUUAUAA